CGUUCUUCUCCCCAUUCGCUUCCCACACCGCUCCUCUCGUUCCCACCAGCCGUCCUCCCACCGAGCAAGCCUUUCUUUUCUCCGUAUCAUCUUGCCUUUCCCAAUCACACUCUCGUUCCCCACAAGCACACUCGAAAACAAUGUCUGGCCAGGGCGAUAUCCAAGAGAGGAUUGCGGCCGCUCGUCGUGAAGCAGACAGCCUCAAAGAAAGGAUUAGGGCCAAGCGCGAGUCGUCGGCCGAUACCAGUCUUCGUGCCAUGGCGGCCGAGGUCGACGCUCUUCCUCGUAUUGUUAUGCGACCCCGGCGCGCGCUCCGUGGUCAUCUCGCAAAGAUUUACGCCAUGCACUGGGCAACCGAUAAACGCCAUCUCGUCUCCGCGUCUCAGGACGGAAAGCUCAUCGUCUGGGAUGCCUACACCACCAACAAAGUCCACGCCAUCCCUCUUCGUUCCAGUUGGGUCAUGACCUGUGCUUAUUCGCCGUCUGGAAAUUUCGUCGCUUGCGGUGGCCUCGACAACAUCUGCUCAAUCUAUAACCUUCACAGCAAGGAGGGCAACGGCAUGAAGGGAGCCCGCGAACUUAGUGCCCACUCAGGUUACCUCUCUUGCUGCCGCUUCAUCAAUGACCGACAAAUCGUCACAAGUUCCGGUGACAUGACGUGCAUGUUGUGGGAUAUUGAGGCCGGUGUUCGUGUAGUCGAAUUCAGCGACCACACUGGAGAUGUGAUGAGCUUGUCGCUCGGACCCAACCAAAACGUCUUCGUUUCUGGUGCUUGCGACGCUACUGCCAAGCUCUGGGAUAUUCGUAGUGGCAAGGCCACCCAGACCUUCACUGGUCAUGAGUCGGACAUCAACGCCGUACAAUUCUUCCCUAACGGUGAUGCAUUCGCCACUGGCUCGGACGACGCUUCCUGCCGGUUGUUUGACAUUCGUGCCGACCGCGAGUUGAACACUUACACGCACGAUAACAUCCUGUGCGGUAUUACAUCUGUCGCUUUCUCCAUCUCUGGCCGCAUCCUUUUCGGCGGUUACGAUGACUGGACUUGCAAUGUCUGGGACACAUUGAAGGGAGAGCGCGUUGGUGUGUUGACUGGACACGAAAACCGAGUGAGCUGCUUGGGUGUCAGCACAGACGGCAUGGCACUUUGUACGGGAUCUUGGGAUAGCACUCUUAAGGUCUGGGCUUGAGACAGCAUCAGAUCCCCGUAUAUUCCAUACCCUUUUCUGGAUACGCGUUACCUUUUUUUUGAGGCCUCUUGUUUAUUGUAUCUCGCCUCUUUUCCCGCGCCCUUGUAUAUCCUUCCUCUUCGCGUCCCACCCGUGCACCGUUUCUCUAUUUUGAUGGAACGGACGCCUUUGAGUCAGUCGUUACAGAACUUCUCCCUACCGGUUAUGUUACCUCUCAUGUGCAGGUUGUUCUACCUCUUGUGCUCGUCUUUCUCUCGUCGCGUUCCCGCUCUCUGCUCCGUUUCUCGUCUCUAGGUCUCAUGUUCUCCACAUCGUUAUAUAUUUACCGUUUAAACGUCAUCGCGCUUUCCCUCGACACUGCUACUUCUGGUAUGCGAUAUAUUCCCCUUCUUGUGGUCAACACUUCAGUUUUAUCCCGGAUGGUUCAUUUCCUUCUCUUCGUCUCCUUCGUCAGUAUAUACAGCGAAUAAACAUCGUAUUUCGG